CUUUCCCCCCCUCACAUCUCGUCCGAGGCUCACGGAGGGAGGACGGACGGACUCAGAGCGGCUCCACACAUCGCAAGCGGAGGAGGAGAGAGCAAGAAGGAUGCUCCAGUCGCUGUGACAUCUCCCCAACUCUCUCACUGAGACCAUCAGAAAGUCCCCCCCACCCACCCCCACCCCUUGUCUUCCUUAUCAAUCAUUCUGUGGAUAAAGACUAAACAAAUCCGUUGAGGGGGGGGAUUGCUCCGAACUGGACUGGAACACCAAGCUGCGGAUGGUUUAUUUCUUGGCUGUGAAGGAUUUUUUUUUUCUUCUCCUUGCUUGGGACACGCGCGGACUCAAGGAGGCUUUUAAUUCAAGCAAGGAGAUGGAGUCAGCAGGUGGAGGUCACGACCCCUGCUGGAGGACACACUUGUAACCUGACAGGAAAUUGAUUUGCAGGCUGAUCGCCGAGUAGCGAGGACUUUCAUUGGAUGCGACGCCAGUAAUGAGCUAAAGGCUUGGAGGAUAUUGGAGAAGUCAAAGAAGAUUGGCGAUACGUGAAAUCACACUCCGAGCAUUCCCCUUGCCAAACAGGAAGUCAUCUCAGUGGGGGCUGAGCUCCACUGAGAGGAACCAAAGAGAGAAAGAGAAAGAAAGAGAGAGCGAGAGGAGGUCGGCUUUGACGAUGAUGAUGAUGCUGAGGGUGUUGCUGGUUUUAGCGGGACUCUGCGCCCUUUGUAGUCUGGCAACGGCGAGCCGGAGAGGACAAGACUCCCCGGGUCACCGCUCCCACAGACACAGACAUGCAGGUCACACGUCAAUGCACAGACACCGGCCCCGGGUGGGCAAGGAGGGUCAGGUGCUGCAUAGGUCCAAAAGAGGUUGGGUCUGGAAUCAGUUCUUUGUCAUUGAGGAGUACACCGGACCAGAUCCAGUUCUGGUAGGAAGGCUCCACUCCGACGUGGACUCGGGCAACGGCAACAUCAAGUACAUCCUGUCGGGCGAGGGCGCGGGAACCAUCUUCGUCAUCGACGACAAGACGGGCAACAUCCACGCCACCAAGACGCUGGACCGCGAGGAGCAGGCUCAGUACACGCUGACGGCGCAGGCGGUUGCCCGAGACACCAACAAACCUCUGGAGCCGCCCUCCGAGUUCAUCGUCAAGGUGCAGGACAUCAACGACAAUCCGCCGGAGUUCCUGCACGGGCCGUACUACGCCAGGGUGCCUGAGAUGUCCAACGUUGGCACGUCGGUGAUGCAGGUAACGGCUACCGAUGCAGAUGAUCCCACGUAUGGAAAUAGCGCCCGAUUGGUGUACAGCAUCCUGCAGGGACAGCCGUACUUCUCCGUGGAGCCUCAGACAGGAAUCAUCCGCACGGCGCUGCCCAACAUGGACCGCGAGGCCCGGCAGGAGUACGACGUGGUGAUCCAGGCCAAGGACAUGGGCGGCCACAUGGGCGGCCUGUCGGGGACAACCGAGGUCAAAAUCACACUCACCGACGUCAACGACAAUCCACCCAAGUUCCCGCAGAGCGUGUAUUCCAUGUCCGUGUCGGAGGACAAAGUAGAGGGCGAGGAGGUGGGCCGUCUCAAGGCCAAGGACCCCGACAUGGGUGACAACGGGCUGGUUAACUACCGGCUGACGGAUGGAGACGGGCUGGGGAUGUUUGUGCUCAGCACCGACUCUGAGACCAGAGAGGCCAUCAUCAAGCUAAAAAAGCGUGUGGAUUUUGAGACCAAGAGGUCGUACACGCUUAAGGUGGAGGGCUACAACGUGCACGUCGACCCCCAGUACCUGGCCUGGGGGCCGUACAAGGACGAAGCUACGAUAAAGAUUUCAGUGGAGGAUGCAGACGAGCCACCCGUAUUUGUGGCACCCUCGUAUACGUUUGAAGUGGAGGAAAACGCCCCCGCCGGUACUCAGGUGGGACGAGUCCAUGCCAAGGACACGGACAUCGACAACAACCCAGUCAGGUACAUGAUUCCACGGUACACGGACGUGGAGCAGUUCUUCAGUGUCAACUCUGAGGAUGGCAUGAUCACCACCACCAGACCGCUGGAUCGAGAGACUCAGGCUUGGCACAACAUCUCUGUGUCGGCCACUGAGAUAGGAGGCCACCACCAGGACACCAAAGUGCGCGUGAACAUCAAAGUGAAAGACAGGAACGACAACGCUCCAGAGUUUGCCACCAACAAUGAAGUCCUCAUGUGUGAAAGUGUUGCACCGGGAAAGAUUAUAGAAACGGUCAGCGCAGUGGACAAAGAUGAAAUGGCACAUCGUCAACACUUCACCUUCAGCCUGGCGCCAGAGGUGGCCCACAACCACAACUUCUCCCUCAAAGACAACAGAGACAGCACGGCCAGCAUUUACGUGCUACGUCAGGGUUUCAGCCGCCUGACGCAGGACGUCUACUUCCUGCCGGUGGAGAUCAACGACAACGGCGUUCCGGCCAUGAGCAGCACCAGCACGCUCACCGUGCGUGUUUGCUCCUGCGACAGCAAGGACACCAUCUUGUCCUGCAACGUGGAGCCCUACGUGCUGCCCGCCGGCCUCAGCACGGGCGCGCUCAUUGCCAUCCUGGCCUGCAUCGUCAUCCUGCUGGUCAUCGUGGUGUUAUUUGUGGCACUGCGGCGUCAAAAGAAAGAGCCUCUGAUCGUCUUUGAGGAGGAGGACAUCCGAGAGAACAUCAUCACCUACGACGACGAGGGCGGUGGCGAGGAGGACACGGAGGCCUUCGACAUCGCCACGCUUCAGAAUCCAGACGGCGCCAACGGCUUCCACCCGAGGAAGGACAUGAAACCGGAGCUCCAGUUUCCUCAGCGUCCCGGCGGCCACCCGGCAGCCAACAGCGUGGACGUGGACGACUUCAUCAAGACGCGCGUGGCCGAGGCUGAUAGUGACCCCACCGCACCGCCCUACGACUCCAUCCAGAUCUACGGCUACGAGGGCCGCGGCUCACUGGCCGGUUCGCUCAGCUCUCUAGAAUCGGUGACAACCGAGUCCGACCUGGAUUAUGACUAUCUGCACAGCUGGGGUCCGCGCUUCAAGAAGCUGGCCGAUUUGUACGGCACCAAAGACUGCUCCAUUCACGACGAUGAUGACGACGAUGACUGUGAACGUUGGGACCCCAACCCUCCUUCCCUCAAAAUAAUAACACAUUUCCGAUGAUUCCACAAAGAUUUUGUCUCCAACGCCUUUCCAACUUUCUCCCAUUUCCUCCCAAGUAACAGAUGCCGAGAGCUCCCGACGUCACUUCUCACGGAUCGGAGGAGAAUCGGACGGGAAAAAUGUAUCGCGUCACCCGUGUGUUUGGACUUUAAUUAGUGCAAAAAAAAUGAAAAAAAGAAGAAAAAUGUCUAGCUGAAAUUAGAGGUUGUGUACACUUUUGUGGACUGGAUUCACAAA